CACAUUGGCAGAAAUAGGCUUCCAUACUGCAUGCUGCAGCACUUCCUGAACUACAAAAUAAUCAGCAAAGAUUCUCUUUUACUCUGUAAUCAGGAUUGCAGUUUGAUUUUUGCAUCCACAUCCAAGUAACGUUAUAGUAUUGGGAGAGGACGCAGUCAUGGAGGCCGUUUACACCCAAGGUAUCUGGAUGGCUGAAAGUCUCCAGCAGAGGACGAUAAGUCAAGAAAAAAUGUGGCUAAUUGUCACUCACAUUGGAGACCCCAAAGCAGCUUUCCUGCUCGUCUUUCCUUUCACAUAUUUCAUCAGCAAACGAGCUGGAGUUGCGGUGCUUUGGGUAGCAGCUAUAUCGGAGUGGUUAAACUUGGUGUUUAAAUGGAUGCUGUUUGGAGAAAGGCCUUUCUGGUGGAUAGGUGAAUCAGGUCUGUUCGUCAACAAGCAACCCAAUGUGCACCAGUUUUCCUCCACCUGUGAAACCGGCCCAGGGAGUCCAUCGGGACAUGCGAUGGUGACGGCAGCAGUCUGGUGGGUCGUGGUGUCCUCACUGGGGUCAUCUCUGUACUUACGCACUCACAGUGUGGUGUUAUCAGCUGCUCCCUACCUGCUCUAUGUGGUGAUGCUGGUGGCAGUUGGAAUCUCCAGGAUCUUUAUCCUCGCCCAUUUCCCUCACCAGGUCAUCGCUGGCUCCAUUACAGGUUUCAUUCUGGGGAUGGUUCUGAGCCGCAGAGUACCAGAAGGACGCCCCCUGCUGUUCUUCUUUAGCUUCAGCAUCGGGCUGCUGCUCGGUACUCUGAUGCUGCAUGCUGGACUGCAGCAGCUGGGAAUCGACCUCUCCUGGUCUAUUACCUUGGCUAAGAAAUGGUGCAGCCGUGCAGAGUGGGUUCGUUUGGAUUCAGCCCCAUUCUCAUCUCUGACUCGAGACUGCGGGGCCCUUCUGGGUUUGGGGCUGGCCCAGUAUUGGAAGCCUGGUGGAUAUUCUCUGCCUUGGGCUCCACGGGCUUUGUCUCUGGCCAUUUCGUCCAUGGGACUGUACCACGUCAAUCGUCUGCCGCUCCCAGUCCGACCACAAGGACUCUUCUAUGGCCUGUUCUUUGUCAAAUUCGUCAUAGUACCUCAGAUUGUCAUGGUGCUUGUGCCUGGACUGGUUUACCUGUUCACACACAAAAAGAAGAAGGACUAGAAACUAUUUUCCCCUAAUGUUAAAGGUGUCUUUCACACCUCCAAAGACUAUAGCUUCCUCCUGAGUUUCUGGGCACUUUAAAUGUCCAAUUUAUGUAUUUAUUUGUGUGUAAAAGCUGUAGGUAGUUACUCAACAUUUGUUUUUGUUCUCUUACAAUUCAACUGGCAGGAGUCUUCAGUCAGUGACGUAAUGUUUUUUUAAAUGAUUACAUGGUCCUUAAA